AGCUUUACAGUAUUCCAUGUGUACAUCUGCAGUGGUCGUUUUACGUAGUUAUUAAUAAUCCCUGAUCUAAAAAUGGGCAAAGUUGGGUGCAAACGAUGGCGUUUUCAUAACUCAGCAGUUAAGUUGGAGAGUAAUCCUGCAGACACAAAUUCUGAAACAGAAAAGGCUGAUGUAGGACCUGUUAAUAUGGAGAACAAUUCGAAAAACCUACCACAGAAAACAAAAAAACAGAAGUUCCAGGAUAGAAAGCAAUACUGGAAGAAUCAAAUAAAUUCCAUCUGUACCCAGAAAUUACAAGCUAAAGAAAUGCUGUUGAAGAAAAUUCAGCGUAAACAAAUGAAGAACACACCAGUUGUGGGUGAUUUGACUGAUAUGAAAGACAGCCUGCCCACUUUUACGACAAAAAAGGAAACAGCUGAAGAAAAACCAUUGCCAUAUAAACCACCUGUGAAGUUAAAGUCCCGUCGAAAGGAAAUGUUGGAAAACAUUAACCUCUUCAAGCAAGUGUUGAGUCAUCCAGUAUUUAAACAAAACCCAGGUUCUGCCAUUACUGAACACCUACAGAAUAAAGUGGAACACAUGAACAGCUGUUAGUGGCAUUAACAAAUGAGAAUUCUGUUUUUUGUUUGUUGUUUGUUUUUUUGGGUUUUUUUUUUGUUAUUGUUUUUUGUCAUUUUUUUUUCUUCUUGGACUAUUAACAUUGUUCUUUGAAAAAAAAAAAAAAAACUCACUUGCAGACUCAAUCUCAGACAACCACAUUAAUCUACUAAGCAUGCAAAAAUACUCGGACAUGUACAAAAAACAAAAAAGAAAAGGAAAGAAAAAAACUCAAGCACGUGAGCAGAAUUUCCAAGAUGCAUACACGUACAUACACAAAAUCCAACACACACACACA